GAGCUUCAUUGCCGAAUCGCCUGGCUCCUCUUACUUCGGUCUCACAGCCAAAUAUAUCCUUGACCGCAUAAGCUGCUUGUCUAAUGGAACCUGCAAAAUCAGAUUGGGGGGGGAUUAAUGAUGGAUCGUCUCGACUUUAAACCUGCCGUUCUAUCACGAGAGCAGCAGCGGCUGCCCGCAUCCUCAUCACCCGAAGCUGCCUCGCCUCGCUGUUCGCCCAGGCCAGAGUCUUCAGGCAAUGCCCGACCGUCGCCUUAUAAGUCAUUAUCGCCGUCCCUUUCAACCCCUGAUCGUCACACACCCAGCUAUCUAUCCAAAGGGACAGCGUCCAGCUUGGUCGAGGACUGGUACCACACGGACCUAAACGACAAGUUCGUGGCGCUUCACAAAUGUCUUCCUCCGCUCUCCUUAGAAUCCCAUCAGCAGGAAAUGAAAGAAACGGACAGCGAGGCUGACGAGCAAGACCAAGCAUUCCUGGAGAAGGCAUUUCUAAGACCAACGUCCCAGCGCAAUCGUAGCAAGACGGUGAUCCUCAGAAGGGCAACGGAUUAUAUUAUGGAGUUAGAGCAGAGGAAUAAAAGCGUUUUGCAGGAAAACAUGGUGCUGCAGAGCCGCCUAGCACCCCUCAUCACAGCUCCGGACACUCCAUCUCAGCCUCGACCUCCUCUCUCACAUUUGCAGCCCUGGCUCUGUGAAGAGAACGAUGAAGUGGAAAAGAAGGGAAAAGAGGGGGAGGUGCUGGAAUUGUCUCAUACUAAACGCGACAUGAAAGUGAUUCCAGGAGUGUCACAAUUUCUGAUGGAUCUGGAUCAUAGGGAUAAAAGCUCUUGAUUUUCCUAUCUAGUGAGUGAAGAAGGGUCGGCUUCUUAUACAUAAGAUGAAUUGAGCCUCCAGGGCUGGUGUUGAACUUGCUUUUUGAAGACAUGACACCAACCUCUGGCUGGAAGUCCGGACUUCCGGGCUGCCGGCAGUGUUGCUAAUAAUAUGGCAAUAAAGUAGUAUAUUGCAAUAUACCCCAUAUGAUAUGGACUUUCUCAUAUUGUGACAAUAUAAUAUGAAGAUUUUGAUAUUGUGACAAUAUAAUAUGAGGAUGUCCAUAUUGGCAAUAUAUUAUUUAUAUUGGGUUCAGUCCUGGGGCGAAUUUGCCUCUUGACAGUAGCCGGACAGGCCUUACCCUACACCAGCGACAGGGAUACUUGGCUUUUUAUUGGCUGGCAUUCACUUCGACAACACGUCUUCGUUGACAAUCAUUGAAUGAAUGAAAUUUAUUCCGCCCGGGA